AUGGGCAAGGAAAGGGAAUGUUUUGAUGCCUGCGCGGACCUCCCUCCUGCUUGCGCGGACGAUGCUGCUGCCUUCGCGAACGUCCCUGAUGCCUGCGCGGACGACAUUGCUGCCUGCGCGGACGACAUUGCUGCCUUCACAGAUGAGUAUCACCACCCCCCUCCUCAACUCCCCGUCUCUGCUGCCUUCGCGAAUGUCCCUGCUGCUUUUGCGGACGUGCCUUCUGCCUUCGCGAGCGUCCCUGGUGCCUUUGCGAACGUGCCUGGUGCCUUCGCGGACGUCUCUGGUGCCUUCGCGGACGUUGCUCUGGACUCGCAUGCAGCGACUUGGUGGGCAGCACCGAAGCAAUCUAUCUCCUGGUUGGCGCUCUUCCUUGGCUGCACCGACCGCCUGCCACAUGCGCCUCGCAAGAGAUCAGAUGAGUACCUCCGCUCCCACGGACUGCAGCUGGAAGAGGAAGCUGGUGUGAGUUCAACCAGGGUUGCUGCUGCUGGAGGAGGAGGUGACACUGCCGUCUGUGCUGCUGCUGGCGGUGUUGCUGGUGAUGGUCUGCUCCACUCCACUCCACGCUCCUUCUGCUGCUGCGCGGACUGUCACUGCCACUGGCGGAUUGAGGGACUCGCUGUUCUGUGCAAGGUACCCUCUGGGGGUGGUGAUGCUGGUGCUGUUGGUGGUGAUGGCGGCGGCGGCGGUGGUGGUGGUGGUGGUGGUGGUGGUGGUGGUGGUGGUGGUGGUGGUGGUGGUGGUGGUGGUGGUGGUGGUGGUGGUGGUGGUGGUGGUGGUGGAGGUGGAGCCUCACUGCUGCUGCUGCUGUGGUGCUCCUGGCGAGUGGCUGUGGGGAGUGGUGGGGAGAGCAAGUCAGGGGAAGGAGGUUGGCCUUUCAGGGCAAGGCUUGUGAGGGCAAGGGGGGGGGAGGGGGAUUGGAAUCCCCAGGCUGAGGCAAGCAAGGGGCAGAAGAAACCCCCUCCUCUGUCCUUUGCUUGCCAUGGUCUGGUGGUUUCAGUCCUCUUCUCUUGCCUCUCACAAGCCAUGCUCUGGGAGGCUCAACCUCUUGACCUUGCCUUGCUCUCGCCUUACCCAGGGGGUUCAGUUCCCCUCCACUAG